AUGGAAUUAUCGUCCCGUUCUUUUCGCUUUUUUAACCGGUUUCUUAGACCGCUAGGAACGUCUAAAAGAUAUAAAGCUGUAAAUUUCAGAGUAGUAAAAGAAGAAGUAAAUUCAGAACUUGUACAUGCUUUCAAUCAAGACACUAAAGCUGGUGGCGCUGUUCCCGUCUUUCGUCGUGCGCUUCUGUUCCCUGCACGUAUUGCAUUACAAGAUGACUCUGGCAUCUACACUUAUGCAAAUUUGCACAAGAAUGCUACUGUACUUAGUCAGGAAAUCGCCGCUCAGUUACUUGGCGAAACGCAGCGCACUGUCGCUUAUAUGUGCGACAGUGACGCUUCACACGUCAUCACUCAGUGGGCCAUAUGGAUGACAGGAAACAUAGCCGUUCCAUUAACAUCUCUGCAUCCAGCUGAAAUGCUAAAAUAUUUUAUAACCGACAGCGAUGCUAGUCUCACAGUUUGCUCAGAAAACUUUGAGAAUAUCAUUCAACCAAUCACCGAAGAGCUGUCUAAAGCAAUACUGGUUAUUGGAAAAAAUGGGCAGGUCAAAGAUCAAGUUUACAAACCUGAUACGAAAGAUUCCAAGCUGUCUGAUGAUUCUAACAUAUUAACGGAUGUGGGUAAAACGAAUAUUUGGUAUGGAGAAGCGGACGCCAUGCUUAUUUAUACUAGUGGUACUACGAGUAAACCAAAAGGCGUAGUGUGGACACAUAACAUGCUUGUAUCACAAAUAGCGUCAUUGCAUACUGCCUGGCAGUACUCUGCUAAUGAUGUGGUAUUACACGCGUUGCCACUGCAUCAUAUACAUGGACAGUUGAACUCACUCAAUGCCUCUCUCGCUGCUGGUGCUAGAGUCCGAAUGCUGCCCAAGUUCGAAUCGCACACGGUAUGGGCGCGUCUGCUGGGCAUGAAUGGAGGGGCUAAAACUGAGAUACAGGGGGAGGGGCAGAGUGUAGAAGCGAAAGUGUCAGUGUUUCACGGAGUGCCGUCAAUGUACUCGCGUUUAUGCGCCGAUCACGCCGCCAUGUUUGAAGCGCCUCGUACUGCGUCGCGAGUCCGUGAUACGUUACGUACUAUGAGGUUAGCAUGCGCUGGGUCAGCGCCGCUGCCUGAAGCGCUGUUCCGACGGUGGGAGGAGAUAUCAAGUAUUCCUCUGUUAGAACGUUACGGUAUGUCAGAAGUGGGUAUGGCAUUGAGUAAUCCAUAUCGACCAGUGGAAGAAAGGACAGUAGGGUGUGUGGGUAUACCCCUACCGGGAGUGAGCGCUCGUAUAGCCGUCUCUGUCGAAGGACAAGAAGAUUUGGAACCAUUGAUCACCGUCGAAUGUGAAGAACCUGAUACACAGAUUUCUCUGGAAAAACUGGGUCUCUUACCUAAAGAUGCUUCGGGGAUUGAUACCGAAUGGAAGCAGCCGUCUAUUACCGUUCAUAAAGAAAACAAAGAUGGUGAAUACCAGGGCGAGCUGUUACUCAAGGGACCAGGAGUUUUUUCCAGAUAUUGGAAUCGCGCGCCGAAACUAGAUCAAACCGAUUUCACAUAUGACGACUGGUUUCGUACUGGCGACACGGCGUUAUUCGCAAACGGUCGCUUCAAAAUAUUAGGACGGACAUCAGUAGAUAUUAUAAAGACGUCCGGUUACAAAGUGAGCGCCUUACAAGUAGAAUCGGCAUUACUAGACCACCCUUCAGUUACAGACGUAGCAGUAUUAGGUGUACCAAACGAAAAUUUCGGUGAAAUAGUUGUCGCUGUUGUUGUAUUGAAAAUUGGAAGUAAGUUGACGCUCAGGGAUUUGAAAGAAAGCGCGGCGAAGAAAUUGGCGUCUUAUCAGAUGCCUAGGAGACUUAUAGUGAUAGAGAAAAUGCCUAGGAAUGCAAUGGGAAAGUUAGAUAAGAAAGAGAUAAAAAAAUUGUAUGGUGAUAAAUUGAAAUCGAAGAAGUGA